AUGAAUUACGAAUUUGAUGUUGCAUUGAGGAUACGAAUGACAAAGGAAACCUUGAAGAGCCAUCUUACGGACAAUGCCUCCCAUUGUCUGGAUAAAUUGACUGCUUGCGAUACGACUCGUGGCAGAUGGAUGCCAAGCACAUUGCAGAUGAUAAGCCACGCCCUCUGUAUCGGCUCGCCUCGCCCUGUCAACUACGAGAUGGCAGCCAUUUUCGACAUGCCACUAGUGGAGCGCCAGUUGCGGACCGAAAUCACGAUGACCUGCAUCCGUCUCGCUCAGGCCAUCCGCGCCGCAUCGCCAUGCGAUCUGACGAAGAGAUUUCUAGGGGCUUGCAAACGGUCACAAUGCAACGAGUUCUGUAGUGCGAGGCUCGCAUUAGUUCGCCAUCAUGUAAAAACACCCUCGAGAAUACGCCGAUUCAUUCGAGGAUGGCCUCCCCCAAACCACACCAUCGUCCGCCAUACUAUAGCCAUCAACCCCUGCUGGGCUCAAUUGCGGGCUGAGGGGUGUGAUCAGAAAUUGAAUGCGGACGCCCUGCCCAAUUGCCUUGGAACAUGGCCUGUCAAUUCUCCAUUGCUGGGAUUUUCUUCCGCCAUUCGCAUUUCGGCCUCUUACUGGUCGCUGUUUAACCUCAAUCACCGCCAGGUGUUUCUCUGUGCGACCCGGCUCCGGUCGGACAAGCUCUCUCUAUGGAUUGCCGUUGAAGGGACUGAGACAACAGCGCAAGGAAAGAUUCUUGAUCUGGCCGAGACACUGAGGCAUUGGCAUGCCAGACGACGUGAAGAGUCGGUGAAGAAGGCAAGACUGCAUAUGAUUCACAAAUUCUUGUCCCGUCGGAUACCGCCACGGCUUUUUUAUGUCUCGGAGACGCAUCGAACACCACCUGGAAUGAACAUGGAAGAUGGGGAUGCAGUAGCGGGAGCCACUUUUAGGCUAUCUUAUGAGUCAGCGGGAAUUCUCUGCGCUGGCCUCUUGUCGUUCCUCGAAGCACAUUAUUGCUCCCUUACAUUUGAUGUUGCGCAACUGGUUGAUCGCCGGCCGGGAGAGGGGUUGGAAUUUCUGGGACCGGAAUCGGCUGCCACCAUGGUAGCAAUGGCAACUCACCAAUGCUUUGACUUUUCCAAUGUCAUUAUCUGCGCCCCAAUCAGAUGUGCUUUUUGGACACUUCGAUUAGCAGAGUCAGAUCCUGUAUCCGGAGAGAGAGAGAGAGAGAGAGCAGAGUGGUGGUGUCAGCUUCCCAAAUUCUGCAAGGUCCGAUACUGCAGCUCUUUCAGAUAUCACCGCAUCCCAAUCCGCCAACCUACAAGAGUGUGGCAGCAACCAUAUUUCGGACAUGGCAUGUAUCGCAUAUUUGUCUCAACGGCUCUGCGGGGUAGGAAGCUGGCCACCGAGGUCUUGUCGUACCACCAUCUCCAGACCGUCCAUCGUCGUCUACCUAUCAAGAGCACAUUCUGCCAGCCCCCUUUCAAACAAGGCCAAGAGUUCCCAUUCCACGGCAUCAAGCUAUGGAAGCUAGCGACGGGUGCAUACAUACGAAUGCAAAAGCCCAAGAGACCUGCUGCUGCUGCAUCAACCAUGUCCUCUCGUCACACUUUUGACCGCCAUCUGCAGGGCUUCAACGGUGAGCCAGUUGCGCAGGUCAUGUGCCACAGCUACAGCUUUUGCCUGGUCACGUUGUUCGCUAUUGACACGGAGCGAUUGGGCGUGAUACUCAAGGUGGAGGAUGAGGAGCGCAACGAGCCAACUGGGCGAAGAAAGGUCAUCUUUGGGCGUGGCAGGACCCAUUAA